CUCAGAUAUUUAUUGGUGAUACCAAUGUCCCUGGUAUCCUCUACGCUUCCCUGCCGGAACCACGGGAUGAUACCAACAUUAUGGACACCCUCUUCAACCUGAUACCUCUUCCAGAGAAUAGUGGAAUAAAUGGAAUCGACUAUGAUCCAGGGAAUAAAAUGGUGUACUGGAAUGAUUUCAAUAUGGAUCGAAUAAGUCGAAUCCAACUUGACGGCACGAACCAAGAAGUCAUUCUAUCUACGAACUCCCCUCAUUCUAUCGCUCUCGAUCUGGUGAACGGGAAGAUCUACUGGACGAUGUAUAAUGAUAGGGCUAUCUUACGUGCCAAUCUCGACGGUAGCUCGGUAGAAGAACUCUUCAAAUAUACGAGUUUUGUGCAACCUACUUCAAUCUUGGUGGACCCCGUCAAUGGGUUUCUUGUCUGGUCAACACGCAUAGUCAAUCAAGUUGUCAAGGCAACACUAAACGCCAUCAACGAGGAGGUAGUGAGACCCAUCUAUGCUGAGGGGAUGUUCAAUGAGGAAUGUGCUGAUGACACCACCCGCUUGUUUUACUACACGAAACAGACUGAAUUAGGCGUCACGAAUUUAGACGGGAGUGGGGAUAGAACCAUCAAAUUAUUCUCCGACCAAACAACGGGUAGUUCCCUCAGCAAGUACGGCAGCAGGCUGUUCUGGUCAGCUCGGUCAUAUUCGCCGAGUUAUACGGGCUUGAUCAACGAGUAUGAUAUGAAGUCAUCAACUCUUACGAUUCACAACAGUACGGUGACAUUGUUAAACGGCGACGAGCUUGUCAUCAACCCUGUGACUACUCGGAUCAUAUCACACACUCCAUAUAAUGAACCCGUUGCCAUCGAGGGUUGCCCUGACAACAUCGUCGUGAACAUCGACGAGAACGCUUCGAAUGCGUCAUCGAUCUCAUGGACCGAGCCCGGACUCAACAGCUGGUCCAGCUGUCCCACAAUGGUCUUCCAAGGAACAGGGACGAAUGGAGGAGAUUUCUCUUUGGGCAUAACCGAGCUGCACUAUCAGGCCCAUGAUGCGGCAGGAAAUAUAGAUGAUUGCCAAUUUUCGGUGACAGUGCGCAGGUUUAGUGAUGAAUGUAAUAACCGUUGUCUCAAUGGAGCGAGCUGUGAGCAAGGCGUUUGCGAAUGUCUAGCAGGAUUUGAUGGCGAUAUGUGUCAAGAUAAGCUUACAGCUGUUGAGUGUGGAAGUACUUCAAUGACGGUCAACGUAGAUGCACGGCUAGUCCCAGGGGACGCAUCUGGUGUUCAUUUUCAUAACCGAUCCUGCAACGGUGUAAUCAACGCUACCACUGAUAUCAUCACUCUCACUACAGACUACAAUGAAUGUGGCACCAUCUUAGAGGAGGAUAACACAACUGUUACCUUUUCUAACGUUAUUACGUACGCCAAGCCUGGUUCGGAAGAUGGUACGGCAAUCACCCGUAAAUAUCACAUGCAGGUUCGGGUCGAAUGUUGCCUCAAGAAAGAGGAAGUCAUCAGUGGGUCCUUCAGACCACAGCUUGGUGAGGUGUCCUUUAGCGACAAGGGCUCUGGUGACUUCAGUCUGAGACUCGAAAGGUUCCAGACAAAUGCUUUUGAUAAAAGUGAAUCCGAAACCACCUCCGUUGUCGGGAAAGGAGAUUACCUCUACUUUGGUGUGUAUCUUGAGUCGGUACCAGGCGUUGGUAUGUUUAUCGACAGCUGCUGGGCGACAACCACUCAAGACUCAGACGCAGAGCCACAUUACUCUCUAAUUUCUUCAGGGUUAGUAGAACUUUUCAUGAGCCUCAAGAAAUAUAUAUCAUAUAGUGAUGGGAUAGUGGUUCAUUCACUUGACUGUUAA